GUGCACACCGGUGGUCGCAUCCGCAACCGAAUCCGCAUUCGCAAUCGCAAUCGCAACCGUAACCGUAACCGCGCUCCGAUCUCUCCAGCUCCAGCUCCAGCUCCAGCUCCAGUUCUAGUUAUGGAUAUCUCCGCCUACCAGCACAUGAACAUCCGGAUGAGCACACGGGGCAAGCGUCCGCUGCGAAAUCUCACACCCAACGACAAGGUGCGGGCGAUCCAGAGGAUCCACAAUGGCGAGACAAAGGCCAGUGUUUCCCGCGAUAUCGGAGUGCCAGAGUCCACGCUCCGGGGCUGGUGCAAGAACGAACAGAAGCUGCGCUUUAUGUGCCGCCAACUGGGACCGGAUCACCUAGGACUGGUGGACACACCGCCCGAGAAGCGGGCCAAGUUCGAGUUGCAGCUCCAGCUGCCGCCCAAAUUCGUGGGCCUGCCGCAGAACUACGAGGAGCUCGGCUUUGGAUCACUACCCUAUCCCGCUGGAGAUUAUCCCGGGCAGGGAGAGAGUCUGCUCGAGAAGCUGAGCCUGGUGGAGUUCGUGAAGAAGAAUGGCCUGCAUCCCGAGAUGAUGCAGCAGAGCGGUGUCGGUGUGGUGGACUACUCCAACAAUAUGCUGCAUCAGCUGAAUCUUCUGGCGCUGCUCAACUCCAAAUUGACACCUCCUCCCCAGGCACCAGUAGUGGAAGUUGUGCCACCAGUGGAGACACACACACCCAAAGCGGAGGAGGACAACAAAGUGCUGGCUUUGGCUUCGGAAGAUUACGCCAAGAACGGACAACCCUUGCUGAGUGUUAAGAAUUGGGCCAAGGAUCCGGCCAAGCGAAACAGUCAGCCGGAGCAGGUCAACGACAAGAACAACAAUGCCUUGGAUGCCAACACCCAAGGUGCUCUGCAAACGGAGCAGGCCAAGACGCCCAUGUUCCCGGACACGACGACAGUGCCAGUGCCCACACUACUGCCAGCUCCCUUUCCGACUCCCGCGGAUCUAGCGCCUGUGAUAGCACCACCACCACCUGGCGGAACCACACCUCCGGAAGCCGACAACCAGGGAGCCGCCCUGCUGGACUGGUGCAAGCUCUUCAAUGCCAGCCUCAAUUUCCUGGCCUUUGCCGCGGCCGCUGCCUCCAUGCAGCCCGGCGGAGGCGGAGGUGUCCCCAUCUACAAUCCCCAUGCGGCGGCCACCGCGAGCUCCUCGGAGCCCGACCUAGAGACAUAUCCCUUCAACGAGGCCCUGAUGAAGCGCCUCAGCCCGCUGGCCCACAGCGAGGCCUCCAACGAAAGCUACUGUGACAGCGAGCCCGAGGACCUGUCCGUCAGGUCCUGCGCCUCCAAGGCCUCCAGCAGAUCGCACACUCCGGACAAGAGCAGCGGGUCCAGCGAUGCCGAGCAGUAAAAGGUCCCCCGGCCCAGUUCUUAGUUUCUUAGUCCCUAGGCCAUAGUGUAAAUACCUCCAUUUUGAUUGUUAAUAGCCACCCUUAGUAUUCACGAAACACUCGAACGACUCAUUUUGCGAGGCAAAUACUAUUUGCAUUUAUCAAUUAAACGCAUUAAUAUCAACGCAACAGGUAUUAAUAGAUCGGCGUACUAUAGCUAGUAUUAACUAGGAAUAUCGACUGUGUGGCGGCAACUUGUUUGAAAACCAAAUUCAAUUCAUCUACACGUAUAAUAACAAAUACUAAUUGUGUUAAGUAGCUUAAUUAUUUGGCCCGUUCGUCAGCCAUUCCAAUCGAUUUGUUUUCGUACUGCUGUAA